AUGGCGAUGGAAUUGGGAACAGUGAUGCGAUCGUUGGGCCAGAACCCUUCCGAAUCCGAGCUACAAGACAUGAUUAACGAGGUUGACGCUGAUAACAAUGGGACUAUCGACUUCCCAGAAUUCCUGACUAUGAUGGCCCGAAAAAUGAAGGAUACCGAUUCCGAGGAAGAAAUCAGAGAAGCUUUCAAGGUGUUUGAUCGUGAUAACAACGGCUUCAUCUCUGCUGCGGAACUGCGUCAUGUCAUGACCUCGAUUGGAGAGAGAUUGACCGACGAUGAGGUCGAUGAAAUGAUCCGCGAAGCCGACCAGGAUGGUGAUGGUAGAAUCGAUUGUAAGCCUACUCAUAACUACUACCUGUUGCUAUUAAGAACGUUUUACUGA